AAAAAAUUUUAAUAAAUAAUAAUAAUUCUUAUUGUGUUUAAUAACUUUUUUUAUUUUUUUUAUUGUUUCAAAUUUUAUAAAAUUUGUACACUUUUUAUUUUUAUAAAUAGGAUAUUUAUCAUAUAUUUAAAAUUAUAUAUAUCUCAGUAUAACAAUUGUUUAUGUACUUAUAAACAUUUUGUUUAAUAUAUAUAUACAUUUUUCUAUAAAAUAUCUAUUUAGCCCAAACUUAUUUAUUUUAUAACUUGUAAUAUUAGAAAAUCAAUUUUUUAGAAUCUUUUAUAAUUAUUUUAUUAAUUUAUAAAUAACUAUAAAAUAUUAUAACUAAUAAUAAAUAAUAACAAUAUAUAUAGUCUAAAAAAUAACAUAUGUUUUAAAACCAAAAUAAGAAAUUAAAAAAUCAACACACUAGAUACACACAACAAUUAAAAACAAAGGGACACACCAACUAUAAUUCUAACACACAUAUAAAAUUUUUUUUGUGUUUUUUGUAUAUUUUUUUUUUUUUAAUAAAUAAAGAAAAACAGCCAUUUAUUUUGUAAAAAAUAAUAUUAUAAUAAUUAUAUUUUAUCAUCACACCUUCUAACACACAAUCAUCCAAUAAUAAAAAUAAUAAUAAUUAUUUUUUUUUUUUAAUCAAUAUUAAUAUUUUUUUUAAAUAAAUAAAUAAUAAUAAUAAUAAUAAUAAAUUUAUUUAUAUAAUAUUAAAUAACAAAAAAAAAUAAAUAGUUUUUUUAUAAUUAAAUAAAAUAAUAAAAAAAUGUCGGUUUAUUGUGAAUUAAAUGAUGUAAUCCAUCAGAUUAGAUAUAAAACUCAAAUUUUUUAUGAAACAUUUAAAAGAGAUAGCAUAGCAGAGCAAAUAUAUAAUUUUUCAAAUGAAAGUUCAUCAGAUAUUGAUCCAGAUGUUCAAUAUAGUAAAAGUUUAGAUAAAGAUUACUCAAUUUUAUACAAACCAAUUAUAUCACAAUCUUCAACACCAAGUGCUGUUACACCGGGUGUAAAUACACCCACAAGUGCUUUAUCACCACCACAGCAACAGCCAUCCCAACAACCCCAAGCACAACAAAAUAAUAAACCAACCACUGCUACAACAGCUUCAACUGUAACAUCACCUGCUACUACCUCUGCAAGUAGUUGUACCAGUGGUACUACCCAAACAACUUCAUCAUCUUCGUCAUCAACAACUGUUACCUCAACAAACUCUUCAACAAUGUCAUCAUUAACUUCAACUGAUGCAUCUGCUUCAUCUUCUGCAUUUUCACAACAACCUGUACAACAAAAUAAUCAACAAUCUUCAAAUUCUCAACAACAAGCACCCCAACAAGCACCACAACAACAACAGCCACAACAAAAUAAUUCUCAACCAUCAACAUCGCCUAAAAAAUGUAAAAUAGUAACUUUCACUGGUACAUCUGUAAAAUUAAAUAAACCAAUUAAUCCAAAAGAUAAUAAAACAAAUAUAGUACCUGACAAAACAACAACUGCAACAAAUAUUUCUUCACCAGCAGCAACCAAUACACCACAACAACCAGAUAAAACCAAUGAACCAGUAUUUGUAUUUGUUAAAGAAAAAGUUGUUAAAGCACCAGUACAAACUACAGAAUCAUUGUUAACUAGAUUAGUUAGACCAAAUCAUGACGAAUCUCAUGACUAUGGUGAUAUCAUUCCACCACCAUUAGGUCCAGGUAUGAGUUUAAAAAUUUUUAUUGCAAACCUCAAUCAAGCAGUUAGCAUAAAAGUAGUAGAAAAAGCCACUAUUCUUCAAACUAUUGUAGCAACUUUACGUGCUUUUCAUUCAAGUGGAGGUGUAGGUCUUCCAUCAUCAGAUCCAAAAGCUUAUCACAUUAGGAUUGCAGAUUCAAAUGGUAAGGUCGAUCAAGAUUUCCCUCCGUUAGAUUUAAAUGGUUAUAUUAGUAAAUUUAAAGAUGAAACCUUAUUACUUUGUCUCAAUCCUAAAUUUGACUUAAAGAAGAGUGGUUCUUCCUUAUCAAUUAGUGGUGGAAUUCAACCACCUCCAGGUUCAUCAACUAGUUCAUCAACUUCAUCAAAUGGCUCAAAUGUAAAUAAUAAUCUUAAAGCAAGCACAGGUGGAAUGAAUAAUAGCCAACAACAACAAUCACAGCAACAAUUACAGCAUCAUAAUUCACAGGCCCAAUUACAACAAAAUUCACAAGCUCAAUUACAACAACAAAAUUCACAAGCACAGUUACAACCACAACAAACAUCAGAAGGCGGUGGCGGUGGUCAUCAUCAUCAUAAUUAUAGAACACACCAUAGAAGUGUAAGUUCAGGCCCAGAUGCGCCAUUGGUCGUAAAAAUUACUUUACCAGAUAGUAGUAUAACUAAAGUAGUAUUCCAAAAAACUAUGCUCCUUAAAGAUCUUUUAGAGAGCACCUGUAAAAAGAGAAAACUUUUAGUAUCCGAUCACUACUUUACAUUGGAGAAUGGUAGAAUUUGUGAGGGUAUUUUACCAAUGGAAAAAUUGGGUGGUGCUGAUCUUAUUCUCGUCUCAAAACGUCCUAUCGAGGUAACUACCUUAUCUCCUUCCGAUACAGAUUCAAAUGGUUCUGAUUUACAACAAGAAAUCUUUUGGUACGAUGCUCUUGCUUGGCAAUACAAAACUUAUGAAGUUACAAAACUUAAAAAAUAUUCAUCAAAACAAGAAAGAAUUAUUGGUAUUGAUAAAGAAAGAAUAACAAAUAUGUCACCAAAAGAUGCUGAAACUAAAAGACCUGCUAGAUUAAUCAAAGAUAUUUCAAAAAUUGCUCUUUUGGAAAAACCAAAAUAUUUUACAAUUGAAUAUAAUGAUGGCAAAUCUUAUAUCUAUGAAGCUAGAACUACUUCAAUUGCCAAUGAAAUUGUUGGUAAAAUAUCUUAUAUUUUGGGAAAAAAUUAAUUGAUAUAUAUAUAUACAAAUUUAUGUUCGAUUUAAAUACAAUAUAGUAAAUAAAAUAAAAUAACUUUAUUAGGUUAUUUGUUU